AUGACGCACAGCGACUGUUCUCUCUGGGUGGUGUUUUCUCUCUGCGUAGUGUUUUGGGAAACACAUGAUCCAUCUUCGACUGUUGAAGAAAGAUGCAUCGUUAAAACACUCGUAAACCUAAAUUCGGGAAACCGGGCCCAGGUUAGGUGUACGUGUGUCACCUUUUCAGUUCAAGAAACGGGUUUCUCUAUUUGUCCCAAUGUAUGUAUAGUUUUUCCUGGUGGGGUAUCCGUAGUUGGUGAUACGCAUUGUGAAGAAGAAUGUUGAUGUCAAAGUUGACGAGGAAGACUCAGUGGUAAACAAACUCCAAAUCGUGUAAAUUGAAAUAAUUUCAGAACACUCUUCAAUGGUGGGUGUCAUGCCUUGCUGAAAUGACCUGGAACGACCCUAAUAUGCAAGAAAUGCUCAGAGCUUGUCCUGGCUGGAGACUGAGUGAAGGAUCAUGGGUAAUACAGGUGACCGGAUGUCCGGUGAUCGCCAUGGCACUAAGGCCCAUCGAUCGGACAGCAGAGGCAGCGACAAAGACCAUGAGCCCAGCAAGAUGGUGGACAGCACAGACGAUCCUAACAUCUUCAACACACACGGACUGGGGUCCUCCAAGGCCUCGGACAAGGAAGAGCCUGACCUGGAUGACUUGGUGAAGACGGGGCCUCAGUCCAGACCUACAGUCAUCCGCUGGGCCGGAGGAGGGAAGGAGGUCUACAUCGCGGGCUCCUUCAACAACUGGGGCAACAAGAUCCCCCUCAAUAAGAGCCACAAUGACUUUGUAGCGAUCCUGGACUUGCCAGAGGGAGAGCACCAGUACAAGUUCUUUGUGGAUGGACAGUGGGUCCAUGACCCCUCAGAGCCGGUGGUGACCAGCCAGUUGGGCACCAUCAACAACCUGAUCGAGGUGAAGCAGUCGGACUUUGAGGUGUUCGAUGCUCUGCAGGUGGACUCUCUGGAGUCCACUGACAGCUCAGAUCUGUCCAGCUCCCCUCCAGGGCCCUAUGGACAGGAGCAGUACAUGUUCAGGCCUGAGGAACGCUUCAAAGCCCCGCCCAUCCUCCCCCCACACCUCCUCCAAGUCAUCCUCAACAAGGACACCAACAUCUCUUGCGACCCAGCCUUGCUGCCUGAACCCAACCAUGUGAUGCUCAACCACCUUUAUGCUCUCUCAAUAAAGGAUGGAGUGAUGGUGCUCAGUGCGACUCACAGGUAUAAGAAGAAGUACGUCACAUCUCUGCUCUACAAGCCCAUCUAACCUGUCUGUGUAGGUGCAGAGUGCUAUAGAGGGCGGCAUGUUAAAACUGUACUGGGUUUAAUCGUCGUGUAGCUGAGAUUGCACUAAACUAACAGUUUACUGAUGAGCUAGGGGGUCUGUGGCUGAGACUGGGGGCAAAUCUCAAAGGACACCCUUUUCCUUGUACAGUGACCUACAGGGCUCCACAAAGGGCUCAAAGUAAUGCACUCGAUGGGGAAUAGGGUUUAAUGUGAGUGUCGGCGUGUGACCCUCACAAGGGAAACUACUAUAAGAAAAGGGACUGAGAAGGAAACUGCUGUUUGUGUUUGUGUGGAGCACUUAGAUUCUUUGCAUGCGGGUGUGUAGAAAGAACAUUUAGUUCCAUUUAAAAACAUGAAGGUUUGAAGAAAAGUCUUCUGGUGGAACUUGCAAAUGCAUAUAAUCAAGAUGAUGUUUUAUUAAAUGAGCUUUUAAAGGAUAUGAACACGGAAAGAGGGCCGUCGAAUGUUGCUGGCUUGGAUUAUCGUACGCUCCCAUUUUUUCUCUCCAUAUUAUUACUGUAGUUGGACACUGACUGGGGUCAUUGGAGGUUCAUGCAGGGUCUUGUUUGGUCCCAAUGGGUCGAUGACCACUAAUCGAAUCAUGAUAUGCAAUUGGACAGGCUGUAAAUUGACCUGAAUUGUAAUGAAGUCAAAGUAUAACAAACGAUGGGUAUUAUGUAGUAUAGCCCGUUUAAGCCCAUCCCACUGGGCACACACUGGCCAAAUCAACGUUGUUUCCACGUCAUUUCAAUGUUAGUACAUCUGUGCUCAUUGGGAUACGAUUCACACUUUUGAAAAUGUGAAAAUCCCUUUAAACUACUGUAGAGGCCUCCAUAUUAAUUAUAAUAUAUUAACUAGGGGUUCUCGUUGUGGAAUGUUGGGCCGUGGCUGUAGACCUGUGCUUCGUGCUGCUAUUGUCUUUAUGACACGAUGCUGCAAGCACUUUAGUUACCCACCCAUGUGUCUCCAACAAAUGCUUUGAGCAGGACUGUUGACAUAAGCUUUUAACUAUGCAGGUAUACGGAAAAAAUAUUGUACAGUAGCUUUAUAUUGGACCUCGGUGUCCAAGCUGCAUUUUAUUGGCCUAGGUACAGAAAUGGCUGUGCUACGUGGGUUUCUCUCUCUAGCCCAUUUUCUGUUUGUCCAAUAGGAAUCUAUUUGUCUGUGUGCCAUAUUUAUAGCUUACACUCCCAAAUACUGGUUUGUCUUGAAUGUUGUGGAGGAAUUGAAUGUCUAGUACGAACAGUUUACUGUAGAAUAUGUGGUGGAUUUCACAAGUGUGGUCUCAUUAUGGAUUUCAAUCAAGAUUCAAAAUGUCAUUCAGUAAAGUAUAAAAUGGCCCAUAUGGAUUUCAUAAGAAUGUGAAAAAAUGUACUUUCAUCAAGAUUGUUACAUUACAAAUGUUUGACCAUACACCAUUUCAUAUGUGUACUUUGUAAGAGUACUGUACCUGUGAUACCAGUAAUCAAUGCGGGCCGAUAUGUAGGUAAUAUACUCCAAAGAGAAUAUAUAUAUAUAUAUAUGAGAUUUUAUUUGAAGAAACUGAGUAAAGAAACUAUUACUGAAAGCCAUAUCUCACUCUGAGACUAUACACUGGAACACCUUCCUAGUAUUGAGUUCCACCUCGCUUUGCCCUCAACCUCAUUUCGUCAGGGCAGGGCCAUGGACUCUACAAGGUGUUGAAAGCGUUCCACAGGGAUGUUGGCCCAUUUUGACUCCAAUGCUUCCCACAGUUGUAUCAAGUUGGCUGGAUGUCCUUUGGGUGGUGGACCAUUCUUGAUACACACGGGAAACCGCUGAGCGUGUAAAACCCAGCAGCGUUGCAGUUCUUGACACACUAAAACCGUGUCAAACCGUGUGCCUGGCACCUACUACCAUACCCAGCUCAAAGUUACUUUAAAUCUUUUGUCAGGCCCAUUCACCCUCUGAAUGGCCCACAUACACAAUGUCUCAAGGCUUAAAAAGCCAUCUUUAACCUGUCUCCUCCCCUUCACCUACACUGAUUUGAAGUGGAUUUAAUAAGGGGUUAUAGCUUUCACCUGGAUUCACCUGGUCAGUCUGUCAUGGAAAGAGCAGGUGUUCCUAAUGUUUUGUACACUCAGCGAACGAUAUGUGAUAUUCUGGAACUUGAUUAGGUAAAAACAAAACUUGAAUUUUAAAUCUGUUAGCUAACGUGUUUUUUUUUCUUCUUCAAAAUGCUUUGCAGCAUCGUUGUAAGCCAAGUACGGUAGAAGGUUGUUUCAGUUGUUUGCCAAUAAAAAGGGAAGACGUGUCGACUCUAAAGUA